CUGUCCAUAAAUAUUUCAUAUUCUUUUACAAGUAAAUACGAUCGUGUCCUUGAAUAUCUGAAUUUUAAUUCAUAUGGACAAUCUACCAUUAACUGACCAAUUCGUCUCAGUAACACGAUACUACAAACGACACCGGUGUUAUAUUCUAAAAAUUUUGAAGCGUGCAGUAAAUAAGAGAAGACAAUUCAACAUCAAAACUGAUGAGUUUAAAAUGACAUUUAGAAAGGUAACAAAACGGUGAAAAUAGGAGUUUAUUGUACAUUAUACUUGUAAACAUGGUGGAAACACUCCAUACAGAGGACUAUGUUACUAUCGCUAUAUACUUUGUGGUGGUCUUAGCAGUAGGACUGUGGUCUACCUUUCGACCAAACAGAGGAAAUGCAACCGGAUAUUUUUUGGCAGGAAAAACGAUGCACUGGAUACCCGUCGGUGCAUCAAUCUAUGCCAGUAAUAUAGGAGCUCCAAUGUUUAUUGGUUUAGCUGGAACAGCUGCUGCAUCAGGAUUGGCUGUUACUAUAUAUGAAUGGCAUGCUGUGUUUUUUCUGAUUGCCUUAGGAUGGAUAUUUGUGCCUGUUUAUAUAUCAUGUGGGGCUUUUACUAUGCCGGAGUAUCUCAGAAAGAGGUUUGGCGGGAAAAGAAUCCGAAUGUACUCCUCAUUCUUUGCACUCAUUGGAUAUGUGCUAUUUAAUAUAACGAUUGAGAUUUAUUCCGGUGCAAUAUUUCUUAAACAUAUACUUGAUUGGAAUAUGUAUUUGAGUGUUGUGGUCAUCCUAGCCGUAACUGCUGUUUAUACUGUAGUAGGAGGACUUGCAUCUGUCAUCUAUACAGACACAUUACAAUCAGUAAUACUGGUUGUGAGUGCAACAGUUCUCUUUAUUUUAAGUAUGAUAGAGGUAGGGGGUUGGAAUGCUAUGACAGAAAAGUAUAUGAACAGUGCUGCUAACUACACAUUACUUAAUCAAUCAUUUUACUCUUGUGGUAUGCCAAGGGAAGACGCUUUACACAUCUUUAGAAGCCCAAAGACUGGUGAUAUACCGUGGACAGGUGCUCUAACAGGAUUAUCGUUCCUGGGAUUGUAUGUUUGGUGCCAGGACCAGUUGAUUGUACAAAGGACAUUGUCAGCAAAGAAUAUGGUUCAUGCUAAAGCUGGGUCAUUGUUUGGUGCUGUACUGAAGAUUACAGGACUUCUUUUGUUUGUUGUUCCUGGAAUGAUCAGCAGGAUAUUAUAUCCAGAGGAAAUAGCAUGUGCAGAUCCACAAAAAUGUGAAGAGUUCUGUAGUAAUGAGGCAGGAUGUAGUAACUUUGCUUAUCCAUUACUGGUUCUGCGACUUUUGCCAAGAGGUUUGAAAGGACUCAUGUUGGCCGCUCUAUUAGCAGCUCUUAUGAGCUCACUAACAUCCAUUUUAAACAGUGCAAGUGCAAUAAUGACGAUGGAUAUAUGGCGCCAGUUCCGAAAACAAGCUUCUCAGGCCGAACUCAUGAUUGUAGGUAGGGUAACAGUUUUGAUACUAGUUGGUAUCAGUAUAAUCUGGUUACCUAUCUUAGAAGCUGUAGAGGGAGGAAUGUUCUGGUUUUAUAUGCAGGCUAUCCGGUCAUAUUUGAUUCCACCCAUGUGCGUUUUAUUUCUUCUUGCAUUUUUCUGGAAAAGAUUAACUGAACAGGCAACCUUUUGGGGUUUGAUGUUAAGUUUAGUAGUUGGCAUCGUGAGAAUGGCGUUAGACUUCACCUAUGUGGCGCCAGUGUGUGGUAGUGGAGAACCAGAUAAUAGACCAGCUAUCGUCAAGGAUAUAGACUUUCUUCACUUUGCCGCCAUAUUGGCCAUAUUUAGUUUUAUUGCUAUGUUUGUAAUUAGCAUGUUCACACAGCCAAGACCGGAAAGAAAAUUAAGACGUGUUACAUUUUGGACUAAAAAUGAUAAAGAAGAACCAGAGCUAUCGUCAGAAGAUGAUGAAGAAGACGACAGAGAAAAAGAAAGGAAGAAUAGAGGAAACGAUGAUGGUACCGAAGACGAUGGCAUGGGAUCAAGACUAAGAAAAAGCUGCAAGGACUGGGUUUGUGGAACAGUUGAAGAUUCUAAAAAAUACUUGACGCAAGAAGAACAGCAACAAUUGCGUACAAAAAUGACGUCACUAGAAGAAAAGCCUCUUUAUCGAAAGUUAUUAAACAUUGCUGCAAUAAUAGUUGCGAUAUUUACAACAUUUUUAAUUGGCUUUUUCUAUUAAUGUUUUAGUUUUUAAAAGUUAUAUAGACAUUAUUAGUUAAUGCACAAAAAAGAUAAAUAUUUUUGGAAAUAAAAUAUAUCCGACCUGUA